AGUCACUAGGCCUUCCCUCCCACCAAAUCCCAAUCCUUUCAAAGCUGUUAACAUCUCAACUCAUUUCACAAUCCAAGUUUUUCGGUAAUCUUCUCUUCUCAGUUUCAGCUUUCUUCUUAAUUUCUUGCCUCACUUCGUCAAUUUCGGUUUCAAAUUCCUAAUUAAUUAUUCUGCGUGAAAUAAAUUAAAUUAAAUACCAUUGUUACGUAUGUCAUCCGUAUCUGUUCAUGUUAUUUAGGUUAUAGUACAUACAUGUAUAUACUAUUAAUUGUGUGUAGUGGCGGUGGUCGGAGCAGAGAUGAUCAUCAACGUCAAGGUUUCCACCAUGGUGCGUCCGGCGGAGGAGACGCCGCGGAGGGCGUUGUGGAACUCUAACGUCGACUUGGUGGUGCCGAAUUUCCACACGCCCAGCGUCUACUUCUACAGGCCAAACGGUGCCUCCAAUUUCUUCGACGCUAAAAUUCUGAAGGACGCUCUCAGCAAGGCCCUCGUCCCUUUCUACCCAAUGGCCGCCCGUCUCCGCCGUGACGACGAUGGCCGUGUCGAGAUCUUUUGCGAUGGUCAGGGUGUGCUCUUCGUCGAGGCCGAUACCACCGCCGCCAUCGAUGACUUCGGCGACUUCGCUCCCACACUUCAGCUCCGCCAGCUUAUCCCCGCUGUUGAUUAUUCUGCCGGCAUCGAAACGUAUCCGCUGUUGGUGUUGCAGGUAACAUAUUUCAAAUGUGGAGGGGCCUCAUUAGGUGUUGGUAUGCAACACCAUGUAGCAGAUGGAGCAUCUGGUCUUCACUUUAUCAAUGCAUGGUCAGAUGUGGCGCGUGGCUUGGAUAUUUCCAUCCCACCAUUCAUUGACAGGACACUACUCCGUGCCCGGGAUCCACCUCAGCCUGUCUUUGAACACAUUGAAUACAAGCCCCCACCAGCCAUGAAGACUCCCAUGCAACCUCCAAAACCAGGCUCUGAGAGUGUGGCUGUCUCUAUUUUCCAGUUGACUCGUGACCAACUCAACAUCAUUAAGGGAAAGUCCAGAGAAGAUGGAAACACAGUCGCCUAUAGCUCUUACGAGAUGUUAGCUGGUCAUGUAUGGAGAAGUGUAUGCAAGGCAAGAGCACUUCCUGAUGACCAAGAAACCAAAUUGUACAUUGCAACUGAUGGAAGAUCAAGGCUGCAACCUCCCCUCCCCCCAGGUUACUUUGGCAACGUGAUCUUUACAACCACACCAAUAGCAGUGGCAGGUGAUCUCAUGUCAAAACCAACAUGGUAUGCUGCAAGCAGAAUCCACAAUGCAUUGUUGCGAAUGGACAAUGAAUAUUUGAGAUCGGCUCUUGACUAUCUAGAGCUACAGCCUGAUCUAAAAGCUCUUGUUCGCGGAGCACAUACUUUUAGGUGUCCAAACCUUGGUAUCACUAGCUGGGUAAGGCUCCCAAUCCAUGAUGCUGACUUUGGUUGGGGAAGACCCAUAUUCAUGGGACCUGGUGGGAUUGCAUACGAGGGGCUAUCUUUCAUUAUUCCAAGCUCAACAAAUGAUGGGAGCUUAUCAGUGGCAAUCGCUUUGCCGCCAGAGCAGAUGAAAGUAUUUCAAGAAUUGUUUUAUGACAUUUGAGGGGUUGAAUAUGCCUAGGAACUUCUCGCCCGUUUAUGAUCAUGGCUAGCUGCCUUUUGGAAUGCCACAGUGAUUCUAAGGUGGUGUUUUCUCUAGUGUUUCUUUAAGACACCUUUUUCAUGAGCCGAUAAAUAUGUAAAUUAGGGACUUGUUUCCGGUUAUACAAUUCUGAUGAUAGUCCAUGCCUUGAGUCCUUGACUAAGUAUUAUAAUCUGUAUACUUAAAUGGACAUUUGAAACAAAUGUAUUAUGAAUUUCAUCUCACAUUUGGACGAGAUUUGUGAGUCAGCGCAAGCUGUCUCCCUUCCAACAUCCCAUAUUUGACUGCUUUGAGGAUGCUUGGUGUUUUUUUCUCUAUAUUGUCAUGAAUAAUGAAUAAUGAUAUUAUAAAAUUUGAAACC